GAAGCAUAAACUCGGACUGGACACCUUUUCUAUGAUCCUUCAUACUGUUACAUUUCUCAAGGGAACUGUAUUUCUGUUCUCGAAAGGAGUCCAUUCACAUGAAAAAUGAAAACCCAGUGGGUGAUUUUAGCCGUAUACAUCCUGACAUUACUGAUCGGCUUUCCCGCCAAUCUACUAGCUAUUUGCACCUUCUUUAAGAAACUGGGUAACAAACCCAGUCCGAAUGACAUUCUGCUCUUCAACCUGACGGCUUCUGACUUGGUCUUCCUGCUCUUUCUGCCCUUCAAGAUGUACGAAGCUGCCGCUGGCAUGGAAUGGCACUUAUCCCAGACCCUGUGCUCCAUAGUCACUUAUUUCUUUUUCACCACCAUUUACACCAGCUCCCUGUUGCACAUGCCUAUAGCCAUUGACCGCUACUUAGGGGUGGUGUUUCCACUCAAAUACAGACUGACGCGUAAGCCACUUUAUGCCGCAGCAGGAUGCGUCAUCAUCUGGCUGGUCAGCGCUGCCCAUUGCAGCAUCGUAUUCAUCACUGUCCACAUGCCAGAUCUUAAUGCCACCCUUCCCAAAAACGUCUGCUAUACACAUUUCACAGAGCAGCAAAAGAAGAUCUUGUUACCAGUUCGAUUUGAAUUUUUUGUGGUUAUAUACUUGCUGCCACUCUUAGUUUGUAUCUUCUGCUAUAUCAACUGCAUCUACAUCCUGUACACCAGACCACGUAUAACUAAAGAGAGAAAGCAAAGGGCCAUUGGCAUGGCAUUGUGCACGCUGACCAUCUUUUUACUCUGUUUUUUACCCUACAACUUGUCUCAUCUGGUGGGUUUUAGUAGCAACGACAGCCCAUUGUGGAGGUACUACACGCUCCUGCCCAGCACCCUCAACACCUGUCUGGAUCCAUUCGUGUUUUACUUCUCGUCCUCGACUUUCAGAGAAAGCAAAACUGUUUCUCUACUCAAGAAGUGGUGUUUUACACAUAAGAAGACUAAAAAGAGUGACACUGAACUUGUGAUUGUGGCAAAAUAAACC